GAUACAUUCGACGAAGGAACUGACGCAUCGCACUGGGAUUAGGGAGAGAGAGAGAAUAGGAGGGAGUGACAUGUCAUCAUUCACCGGCUCUUUCGGUGGCGAGUCACCGGCCGGCUCGAUGUCUCGGCCGUUCGACGACGAAGACGACGGGUACACCGGCUUCGGCCCUCGGCCUUCGUCUCAACGCUUUGACUCGCAGCGUUUUGGCUCCUCCACCUACGCUGACGCCGAGGUAGUCAAGGAAGCUGACGAGAAUUCUCCGUACAGCGCCGGAGAUGAUGUGUUCGGUUCGGUGAUGACAGAACCUCUGUACCCUGCCGGAGACGGAUUAUCGCCGGAGCGGAAUGGUAAUGAACCGGUUCUGCCUCCGCCGACCGAGAUGCAGGCGGAAGAGGGUUUUGCUCUGAGAGAGUGGCGCAGACAUAAUGCGAUUCGAUUGGAGGAGAAGGAGAAGAUGGAGAAGGAAAUGUUGAGGGAAAUAAUUGAGGAAGCAGAUGAGUAUAGAGCUGAGUUCUAUAGAAAGUGGAAUCUCAGGUGUGAAAACAGCAGAGCCUCUAACAGGGAGAAGGAUAAGCUAUUUCUGGAAAGCCGAGAGAAGUUCCAUGUCGAAGCUAGCAAGAAUUACUGGAAGGCAAUAGGAGAUCUGAUUCCCAAUGAAGUUCCAACCAUAGAGAAAAGGGGGAAGAAGGAUAAAGAAAAGAAUCCAUCCAUUGUCGUAAUCCAAGGGCCCAAGCCGGGGAAGCCAACAGAUCUUUCAAGGAUGCGUCAAAUACUUGUGAAGCUUAAGCAUAACCCACCUCCCCACAUGAGGCCUCCGCCACCACCACCAGAAUCUGGCAAACCUGCUGAAACUGGUCAAUCACCUCCUAGUUCUGGUGCUACUGCUAAGCCAGCUUCUGUUUCCACCUCCUGAGGCUUUAGUGGAUGGGUCAAAGUGAGUGGCUACUAGCUGAACGUGGUUUCUUGUAAAAAACAAUUUUCAUUAGAUACUUAGAUAAGAGUUUGUACGAUAUUAAAAUUCUAGUGUGGCAGUCAGUACUAUUAUAUAGUUUAGAACUCUGGGUGGCUUUUUUGAUGUUAAAAAGGCAGCCUGUGCCUCUUAUAUUUCGUAGGAUCAAUGUAAGUUCUAUUGCUCUUGUAUGUCUUUUCCUCUGCUUCAUUGUAUAGCAUGCUGUUAAUUUUG